CUUCACUUUCACUUUUGCUUUUGCAUGCCUUUGAGUUUAUCAUUACCAAACACAACCCCAUAUCUCCUCCUCCUCUUCCUCCUCCUCCUCCUCCUCUUCUUCUUCUUCUGCUACUACAGUUCUUAGUUCAAAGAACCCCCCAAAGACAAGUUAGAAUUCUUCUAGCAGUGUGUUGGGUUUUGUUUUUUGUUUUUUUUUUCUCAGUUUCACUUUCUUUUUUGUUGCAUGGAUGGAUCCUUCAAGCAGACAGUACCAGGAGAUGCCUAAUCCUACGUUGGGAAACAUGAUGGUUUGCAACAAAGGAAAUGAACAACAAGAGAGGAAACCAAGGCCACAACCAGAACAAGCAUUAAAAUGCCCAAGAUGUGAUUCAACCAACACCAAGUUUUGUUAUUACAACAAUUAUAGCCUUUCACAACCAAGGUAUUUUUGCAAGUCAUGUAGGAGAUAUUGGACCAAAGGUGGCACAUUGAGGAAUGUCCCAGUGGGUGGAGGGUGUAGGAAAAACAGAAGAUCAUCAUCAUCAUCAUCAUCAUCAUCAUCAAAAAGGAGUCAAGAUCAACUAUUGAUGCCAUCCAAUACCAACCUCCCACCAAUUGACACUAGUGAACUCUCCUUAGCCAUUGCUAGGCUCCAAAAGCAAGCCAAUGUUCACUUAGGGUUCGACGAAAAUGAACUCCCCGUUCUCGGAAACCCUAACAGCUUCGGCCUUCUCGGUAACCAGAACCAUUUCCAGGGUUUUUAUAAUUAUGGGUUCGAAAACAGCGGUGGGGAAACGAUGAUGUUACCGUACAACAAUGACGAAGAAAUCAUCAGUGAUGCAAUGAUAAGGACGGCAUCGAAUGGUAUGGUCGCGGCGAUGAAACAAGAGGUUGUCAGUGAUGGUAACAAAAGUGAUGAGAAUCAAAAUCAAUGGGGUCUCCAAUGGCAAUUCAAUGGUGACCAUGGAAAUAAUUAUUAUAACAUGGUUGAUUUUGACUCGGUGAGAGAAAAUUGGAGUGGACUCAGUUCAACUUGGCAUGGACUUCUUAAUAGUCCUUUAAUGUAGAACAAUGGGAGUGAACAAGUGUUAGAACGUUUGGGUUAAUUACAAGAAUGGUCCUUAGUAUUUUCCUUUUGUUUUUUUUAUUUCUCCCUAUUAUUGGUUGAUAAGACUAAUGAUAUUUUGCAUGAAUUUUGGAGCUA